AUGUUAGAGGCAAGUCCUGCCAGAUCAUUAAAAUUCCAUGGAUAUCCAACAGAUUCACCAAUGUCUAAAAGAAGGCAUAGUAGUAAAGAUUUCGAUAAUAAUCCGUUUAUAACGAAUAUUUCAACACCUCCACCAUCGACAAAUCAUGGCACUACACACUAUAGUUUAAGUGAGGAAUUUGGAUUUCCAUCACCAUCACCGCUAUUCAAUAUAGUUUCGCCAAUGUCCAAACCAGAUAUUUCCAGCCAUAUUCUGAAUGGACAUCACCAACCUCUGGAUUUCAACUUUGGAUUCAUGAGUCCGAACACCAGUGCCAACUCACACACCAGUCCAAACAGUAUUAAUAAUAAUAAUAUCAAUGUAAAUAAUAAUAAUCAUAAAAUAUCAAAUAAUAAUAACAUCACCAGUCCAAUUAAAAAUAAAACAUACAACAACAACAAUCAAGGUAACAACAGUCAAGUAGAAACAUCGCCAGCAAUGGCAUCAUCGUCAUCAACAUCAUCAUCAUCAACCUCACCUUCCAUUCACUAUAAUAAUAAUCAAAACCAAUUACCUAAUCAUUUAAAUUAUGAUCAAUUCCAUCCAGUUUCCGACUCUACCACAACAACUACUUCCUCUACAAUUACAACAUCUUCAAUAUCAUCAUCUUCUCCUUCUUCUUCAACACCACCAAAUUCAUCCAUUGUUAUUAAUUGUCAACAGCAACAACAAUAUUAUGAAGGUGGUAAUGGUGAUAAUAAUAAUGGCAUUGCAAUUGCAACAGGAUCAUCAUCACAGUGUCCAGACAAUGCAGAUAGUAGUAACAAUAGUCACAGUCUAAUGAUAUCGGAUUCAAUCUCAAUUGAUAGUCCGUACAUUAUCAAUAUACUCGACAUUCCAGUGGAUUUUCGCCAGUUGUUCUCCACUGAUGUGGUGACCACACCAACACGUCCCAACCACGCCAGCUCUGAGCAAUCCGACGACCAAAUCAACAAGAAGGCACAACAAACAGCCAUCUACAAACUAGCAAGAAUGUGGAUAAACAACAAUGCAACACCAUCACCAGAGACUUUACUCUUAAACAUGCAAGAGGAAAACUCGAUUAUUACAUUCCCACCACCUGUUCCAUCAAUAGAUGAUAAUGUAAAAUUUCAACCUGUUCAAAGAGAAAUAUCUUCCAGUUCAAACUUUGAUGCAAUGAUAAGAGAGCAACAACAGAUAUCUCCUGAUAAUCUUAUACAACAACAUAUAACAUAUUUCAAAACUGUAAAAAAGAGAUCUCCUAAACUAACAAAUUACCAUCUUUACAAUUACAAAUCCAAUAGUUUCCAAAAUAACUAUAAAAAGAGAAGAUCAAGAUAUGAAAAUAGCAUAAGUAUUUUAAAUUCAAUGAUGUUUAAUCAGAAUAAUAAUCAUGGUUAA